CGCUGGCACAACCCGGUGGCAUGGAGACGACGAUCGUGAUCCACGCGCCCGACCUGGCAGCCGUAUGGACCUCCAUGGCCCGCGCCCGUGAGACGCCGUCCGCCGACGACGCCAGUCUGCGAACGGUCGCAUUCCACAUGAGCCUCUUCCUGGUCCUUCUACUGCCCAUCGGUCAUGCAAUGGCGUCCAUCGUCACCGCCGCCAGCAGCAUCCAGCGCCGUAGUACGCUCUACACCGCGGGCCUCGAGACGGCAGCGGGAAUCGAACCGGCGACAAUCGUGUGCAUGGGCGUGGCCGUCCUCGUCCUCGUGUUGCAGCUUCUUUCAGCGGUGCUAAGCCCUCUUGCCGCCGACGCCAUGCUGUUCCACGUCGCAACGGGCCUCGUCCUCAUCUCGGUGCUGCAUGGGACGCUGCACCUCCAGCUACCGUCUAAACUGCUCCUCCUUCUGAUAUUGUCUGCUGCAGGCGUCGUGUAUCCUGCACUUUUGCUCGCCGCGUGGUCGGACCAUGGCUGGUUCGCCCCCAGCCUCGACUCGAACGGUCUUGGCGUAAUCGAUAUGGGCGGCCUCGGUGCGGUGCAUAUUCCUAUUGGCGCCAUUGUCUUGACUGCGAUGCUGCUCUUGCCCGAUACGCUCGAGACAGCGCAAGUGCACGCCACCGAUCCGUUCUCGAUCCUCGCAACGGGCCUCACAAGCAUCGGGUGGCCAGGCCUCGCCCUCGGCCACGCGACUCUGUUUCUCGGCGGCGAUGUCUGGCUGCCAACGCUCGUCACCAUCGCGGUGCAUACCAUUUUGGCUUCGACAGGCGGUGCGCUCGUCGGCCUCAUCGCGAUGAGGACGUUCUUGCCAGCCAUGGACGUCUCUGUGUGCGCGUUUGCAGGGUUCGUCGCUGGCUCGGGGUCGGCGGGCUUGGUGGCCCCGUACGUCGCGCUGCUGCUGGGCGUCGGAGGAGCUGGCGCGUACUUGGCGGUUGCCAAAGCCGCGGUGGCGGCCCAACGCCUUCGGGUGCCGAGCGAGUACAGCAGCGCGGUCGCAGUCCACUUGGGCGCCGGUGUCUUUGGCUUGCUUGCGAGUAGCGUCGUCGUUUCGGACGCGCAGCGCAGCGCCGUUCUCGGCUUGCGCAAUCGAACGACGUGGCAGCAGCUCGGCGCGAACGCGCUGCUCGCGCUUCUCGCGGUGGCGUGGAGCAUGCUCAUCGCCGCCGUUGUCCUCGUGCCGGUGCGCUUGCGCCGCGACCGCGACGUGCAAAGUAUGGUCUACACGGAGAUGGACGACUUUGACUUCGACUCGCACCAUGACGACGACGGAUCGACGAUUUGCAGCAGCAAGCCGCGUCGCAGCGAGUGGCUAUACCGUUAA